UGUAGUUCCGUUAUUUCAUGCGGAGGAAGUUAGUGAAUGAACGCGCCUGAUCGUCUCGCUGAUAACAAGGCCUUGGUGGCCGAAGCUUUAUCCAGCUGCUUAAGAACUGCAUUGAAGAUCCCGGAACUUGUUGUCAAGGAUCAAGGCACUCAGCUGACCGAGCUUUCCUCGGAGCUCGUCUCCAAGGCCCCCAUCAUCACCGCCACCUGCGCCCUCGCCAAGCGGCAAGCAGCAAAAGCCUUAGCAGCAGCAACCACCACAACACCAACAACGGCAACGCCAGCCUCAACCGCACCUCCGCACCUCCGCCACCACCAUCACCAGCAGCCCUACCCCGAAGCUUUCCCCAGUCCUAAUACCCCGGCGACUGCGAGACCCGUGGGUCAGGGCCCCCAGCUGCUGGCGGCCGCAUCAGCCCGCCUCGAGGCCG